CGUAUCUCUUCCCCGGAGAUUCGACACGCCAUAGCCCCUAGGUGACGUGCGCCCGCUCACCAUCAUGUCUUCACCGGAAUCCUUACGCUUUACCGGCCACCGGUCCUUCACAUGGCGGCUCGUCCUCGCCACAUUAACCGGCCGACCCGUCCACAUCUCCAAAAUCCGCAGUUCCUCCCCAACAAACCCAGGUCUCGCCCCCCAUGAGAUCUCCUUCCUCCGCCUCCUCGAAGCCGUCACCAACGGCAGCACCAUGCAAAUCUCCUACACCGGUACCACCGUAACCUACCACCCGGGCCUCAUCACGGGUACCAUCGCCGGCUUCGGCGCCUCCGAAGACGAAGUCAUCGAGCACAACAUCCCCGCCAACAACACCCGGGGCGUCACCUACUUCCUCAUGCCCAUCUGCCUCCUCGCCCCCUUCUCGAAAGCCCACAUGAACGUCCGCUUCUCCGGCCCGGGCGUCAUCACCUCCGCCACCCAAAAGGGCGACAUGUCCGUCGACUCCUUCCGCACCGCCGUCCUCCCCCUCUUCGGCCUCUUCGGCAUCCCGCCCGCCCGCAUCGAGCUGCGCCUCCUGCAGCGCUCCUGCCCCGGCAAGGGCGGCCGCGGCGGCGGCGGCAUCGUCGAGCUCCGGUUCGCCAGCCAGGUGCGCCUCCCCAAGACGCUGCACCUCAACCGGAACCCGGGCCGGAUAAAGAGGAUACGCGGCGUGGCCUACUCGACCGGCGUGUCGGCCUCGAACAACGGCAGGAUGAUCUACGCGGCGAGGGAGGUGCUGAACCCGCUCUCGUCGGACAUUCACGUGGCGGCGCAGUAUGACCAGGCGCCUCUCGUCUCGAACCCGGAUAAGACGAAGACGAGGACCGGUAUUGGGUUUGGGCUCAGUCUGGUGGCCGAGUCGAGCUCCGCCGGGGUGAUUUACUCGGCUGAUGUGGUGGCGCCCCCUACGGGAGGCGUCGUGCCGGAGGAUAUCGGCAAACAGUGCGCGUACCAACUGCUGGAGAACAUUGCGCAAGGCGGAUGCGUGAGCAGGACGUCGGCUGGUACCGUCCUUACGUUGAUGGCGAUGGGAUCAGAAGAUAUGGGAAGGUUGAGGAUAGGGAGGGAUGUGAUAGGCACUGAAGAGGUCGUCGGGCUGGCUCGGGACUUGAAGGCAUUUGGUGCGAGUAGUUGGGGUCUGCGGGAUGUGGAUGAGGAUGACUCGGGGGAUAUUAUCGUGUCAGUCAAGGGCGCUGGAGUUGGCAAUAUUGGUCGCAAGGUGGCAUAAGAUACCAUAUCAAUCAAGGAGGGUACCCUC